AUGCAAGUUUUUGCGGCUUCGUUCUCCUGGGGCGACGACCCCUUGGCGAGGGCCCUUGCGCCGCCUCCAAAUGAGUCGGAUGAGGAAAGAACAGCUAGGAUGAAUGUGGAAAUCGAGGCCAAGAGGAUAUCAGACAAGAUUGACGAGGAGCUGCAGCGUCAGGAAAAGGUGAAGAAGAAAGAGCCGAGGCCGGUCAAGAUACUUUUGCUUGGGCAAAGCGAAUCAGGGAAAUCUACAACCCUGAAAAACUUUCAGCUGAUGAACUCCCCGAAGGCGUUUCGUUCAGAACGAGCGUCGUGGAGAGCUGUGAUUCAUCUGAAUGUCGUGCGGUCUAUUCGGCUCAUCCUCGACGCGAUGACCGAAGCUCAAGCCGAUCCAGAAGGCUCGUCGAGCGGCUAUCCACGGCUCACCACGGAGCAUCUCAUGCUCAAGAUGCAGCUGUCUCCGCUUGUGCAGGUAGAGGAAGCGCUCGCGCGCAAGCUUGUGCCAUCUGGCACGGCAGCAUUCGAUGCGGCGCGUUUUUCACAAGACGAUAAAGUGUACUACACGAACAGCGUACGGUCGAGGGAGGUUGCAGUUAACUCGCAGUUCGCUUGGAAGGGCAUCUUCAGCCGGUUUGUGGCCAGUACCCGCCAGAGCUUCGAGAGCGACGCGAGUGGGCCUGGCUGGGAGAACAUGGACGAUACGGGAAGAGUCAUCUGUGCGUGCCGUGAAGAUAUGAUCCGCCUGUGGAACGACGCAACUAUCCAGGCGCUGCUACAUGCGCAGCAUCUCAAGCUGGAAGAUAUGCCUGGUUUCUUCUUGGAUUCUCUAGAUCGCGUCGCAUCACCGAAGUAUGUACCCACGGACGAUGACAUCCUGCGCGCGAGGCUGAAGACGCUUGGUGUCACUGAGUACCGAUUUAUGAUCAAAGACAAAACAUUGACAGCCGCACUUCGUGAAUGGAGAAUAUAUGACGUCGGCGGGCACAGAUCAUCGCGAGCGGCAUGGGCACCCUUCUUUGAUGAUAUGGAUGCAAUCCUCUUCUUAGCCCCUAUAAGUGCAUUCAACCAGACGCUGGAAGAGGAUCCCAACGUCAAUAGGCUGGAAGACUCCAUUCUGCUGUGGAAAUCGAUCAUCGCGAACCCUCUGCUCGCCGAGACGAGCAUCGUGCUCUUUCUCAACAAGGUCGACAUCUUCAAGGCGAAGCUCGAGGCUGGUGUUAAGCUCUCCAGGUACAUUGUAUCGUAUGGCAACCGCCCGAACGACUAUGAGAGCACGUCUAAUUACCUUAGACGGAAGUUUGGGCAAGUACUUAGGGACCACUCACCACAGCCGCGAUACUUCUACUUUCAUUUCACCACGGUCACGGACACGAAGACGACGUCGACUAUACUUAGAGACGUGCAGGACACUGUCGUCCUCAAAAGUUUACAGAAAAGCAACCUCAUCGAAUGA